CCUGCGGACUUUGUAAACUUGCAGCAGCAUACCUGUGGAAGACAAACGCACAUUAACGCACUAACACACGAAGCUCUUUUAGUCCCGCGGUGAUUUUUAAACCCUCGGAGAAACACGGCAUCACUCCAUUGUUGACCUUCAUGGUGGAUGAGCACAAUGUUCCUUCCCCUGAGCUUCAGAAAAUGAACGCCUCUCUGUGUGACCCUGCAGCGGUUAUGUAUCAACUGGUGGCAGACCACCAACUUGAUACCAGCUGCAACUGCUCCUCUGCCCUUUCAAACUGGACCGCGAGGGGCAUGGCCCCUCAGCUGCCCACAUUCAGUACAGCGGCGAAAGCGAGAGUGAUCAUCACCUUCAUCCUCUGUGGCAUAUCUGCCUUUUGUAACCUGGCAGUGCUGUGGGCGGCUCGCAUAGAUGGGAAACGAAAAUCCCACGUGAGGGUGCUGAUUGUCAACCUGACGAUGGCGGAUCUGCUCGUGACCUUCAUCGUGAUGCCCGUAGAUGCGAUGUUCCUUUUUCACAAUGUGACCAUCAUCCAUCCCGAGGACUUUACUCAGUGCACAACACGGGGGAGCUUUGUCACCCACUGGCAUGAAACAGCCUACAACAUGUUCACGUUUUGCUGCCUGUUCCUGCUGCCGCUGGUCAUCAUGAUUACCUGUUACACCAGGAUCUUCUGUGAGAUCUCCAGACGACUGAAAAAGGACAACUUACCUUCCAGUGAAAUGCACCUGCGGUGUUCAAAGAAUAACAUCCCGAGAGCCCGGAUGAGAACUCUGAAAAUGAGUAUUGUGAUUGUUCUGUCUUUCAUCAUCUGCUGGACUCCAUACUACCUGCUGGGCCUGUGGUACUGGUUCUUCCCUGACGACCUGGAGGGGAAGGUUUCCCACUCCUUAACUCACAUCCUGUUCAUCUUUGGGCUUGUCAACGCCUGCCUGGACCCGCUCAUCUACGGCCUAUUCACCAUCCACUUCAGAAAGGGGCUCCGAAGGUUUUAUACCGGCACCACCACAUCGGCUGAUCUGGAAAACAACACGGUCAUAACUGGGUCUUUUAGUUGUGCUGCCAACUCUUUGUCACUGAAACGGGAGGUGAGCCCUGCCAGCCCUGAGAGGCUCCUGCUGUGCAAAGCAGAGUGGACCCCACCGAGGAGCAGCUUUCUAACAGCUGACAACGACACAGACAGAAAAACUCACCAGUCCAGUGCUGAGAGCAUCUUAUGAGAAGAAUAUAGUAUUGGUUUUACUGUUUUAUUUCCUCAUAUUUAUUCAGUGUAAUGCUCUCAUAUGUAGGGUACUCUCAUUCUCUUACACUCUUAAUUAGAUACACCCGUUUAACUGCUCAAAAACACAAAUAUUUAAUCAGCCAAUCACAUUGCAGCAUUUAUGGACGUAGACAUGAUCAAGGCGAACAGCUAAAGUUUUUCAACUGACCAUCACAAUGAAGACGACAGGUGACUUUGAACUUUGAAUUUGAGCAUGGCACGGUUGCUGGUGCUAGUUAGAGUGUUUAAGAAACAGUUGGCUUUGAAUCUCAUCAUAGAUGUGUAGCUGACAAAUGUGCAGCAACUGUGUGAUGGUAUGGACCAAAAUCUCUGAGGAAUGUUUCCAGCACCUUCUCGUAUCUGUGGCAACUUUGAAAGGAAGUGAGGGUACAAUCCAGUACUAGUCAGGUACCAAUCGGAAUACAUAAAGUGGCCAAUGAGAGUAUGUAUAAAAUACAAAGGCCAAAAAUGCUGGAAUAUUGAUAAUUUUGUAUGAUAUUGGGAAAAUCUUCAGAAAAUAAACAGUGAUCAUAUUACAGGAUUAAAAUCAAUGCUUUGUAAGAUCUCAAUGAAUAAAAUCCAGCUGUGUCAGAGUGAAGUUUGUUUUGAUUUUUUUUUUUUAAAACAAGCCAGACUUUUAGUUGGGUAUGCAACUAUUAAACAGUCCAAUAGCCCUUGCAGACAGUAUUUGAUGCCCAAAUAAGAGUAAAGUGACUCUGUCUGAAAUUUGGUCCUACAAUAUAAGCAAUUUUAAAAAAAUCACUUUGAUCAUUGCAGUUCAGUAUUUAUGGUCCAGAGUUUGUGCCAGUGCAUUGCCAAAUAUUAGCCACCAUAAUAUUUUGUAUUUUUUAAGAUUUUUUUUUUUGAGAUAAGUUACAACUAUUAUGGUACCUGGUGUUUUAAACACAAAAUAGAACUUUUAAAAAUGCAUUUAAAAAAACUAACAACUUUAUAUAUUUCUCAAAAACUAUCUUUCUACCAGUCUUUAAACACAUCAUCUGCAAAUCUCAUUUCAACAAUAAUAUUUUUGCAUUUGCACAUCCUGCAGGAGUCCUGAGAACUGUUAAGGUCGUGGAAAUAAAGGACUGUUUGUAUUUACAAUUUGUGACCAUCUGACAUUAAAUGUAUUCAGCUGGUGGAGUGACUUUUGCUGCUGGAAAUGUCUUAAGUAAAAGAAUUUGUGUUGGACAGCAAUUAUAUGGGAUUUGUGUGCAGAUGUCAUGCAAACCCAUGUCUGUCUCUGUCCCC